AUGCAAUCCUGCCAAACCAAACUCAUCGCCGCUCCCACGAGCUCACCCAAACCACAACCCAAGUCCCGAGCCAAAGAUGACGCCAACGAGAAGAACAGAGGAAAGACGACAUCUGCUGAGGAUGUCAUGCCGCAGAACACUCUUGGCUCAGAAGGGUCGAGGCAAAAAGAAGGGAAAACAGCGUGGCACAUGGAAGGUUGGCUGAACGAGACGAGUGGAGAGGAGGCGUGGAGUGUGCACGGGCGCUUCUAG